UGGCCUCGAGACAGAAGGAGAGCGAUGAGGUAUCAUUGAUCAUCAUCAAACUAAAGCCCUUCCCUAUUUAUACUUUGCAUAAACAGGCACACCUUGUGCAUCGCUUCUUUCUCAUCCACACACGAGCAGAAGAGUUUUGGAAAUCUCGCUCUACGCAGGAAGGCAAAGGACUCACCGAGAAGACUCAGUCGGCGUUCGAAGUUGGAGUUCUUUCUCUUGAGCUUCAUCGUCCGUAGUAGCUUUUCGAGACUCAGUUGCGUCGCGAUCGAGCCUGCGAUACAUCGGGGAGAUCGGGAUGGAGGGGUCUAAGAGCAACGGGUACGGCGAGUGCGAUCAGGCUAACCUGAAGGCGACCGAGCUGAGGCUAGGGCUUCCCGGGACCGAGGAGGAACCGCCGUUGAAGGUGGAGUCUCCCUCUUUCAAUAGCAGAAAGAGGGCUUUAGCGGAUGAUGCGGAAUCAGUUCUGCAAGAUGGAAGAAAGAGCACCUCUGGUGUCCCUCCUCCUUCCAAGGCGCCGAUAGUUGGGUGGCCACCAGUCCGGUCGUACAGGAAGAACAUUUAUUCGUCGCCGGCAGAGGUAGCUGAGGGUGGCGCAGGGGCUGGCUACUUGAAGGUGAGCAUGGACGGUGCUCCGUACCUCAGGAAGGUCGAUCUCAAGACGUACAAGAGCUACCAGGAGCUCAUGGAAUCUUUGGAAAACAUGUUCAACAUCACCAUCGGUGAUUGCUCGGACAAAGGGUCUGAUUAUGCGCCUACCUAUGAAGACAAAGAUGGGGAUUGGAUGCUUGUUGGAGAUGUUCCUUGGAACAUGUUUACGUCCACAUGCAAGCGACUCAGAAUCAUGAGAGGUGGAUCAAGAAGCUAGACAUGCAAAACACGGCCAUUAAAGCUUUUGUUGAUUGUUUUCAAGGUCCUGUUCAGAUGCCGCGAGGAGAAGACACUAAAAACCAGCUGAAACCAGAAGAGACUCGUGCAGAUCCGAAGCUGCCAUGCAAUGUUUCCAGUCCACUUUGGGCUUUUUUUACAGAUUUUUCUUUACCAAGACAUGUGUACAAGCUAUUGAGAUUUGCAAACUAUACAAAAAAUAGGGUACAGACACACUGAUCAAGCCAGAUUCAUAUUGUUCAAAUUUUCUUCUCAAUAAAAGGAGAAAAAAGCACUUUUCUUAGACUA